UGUGAGUUAAGGAGGGAGUGUGGUCCGUUUUACACUGGAUUUUUGUUGUUGUGAGUUUGGUUUUGUGAUUAAUUCCCGUUUUCGUCACCGAUAUAAAUUUCUGUAAACGUCAUCCGUUAAUAAUGAAUAGUUAAAAACAAAGGUAACCUACAAAGUGAAUUUGGUUGUGAAUUAUUUUCGAAUGGUUGUGGAGUGUGAGGUGAGCUAUUAAAGGUCUCCCAAUUCACACGAAAUAACGGAAUGUUAUGAUCUUAGUGAAAUCACACGGUCUUAUCAAUUUAAUGACUCAGUUUCACCUUAGACAUUCCGUCACGUUAGCUUAUAAUAUUCAUUAGUAAAAUGUGGAUGCCAACACAUGUACAAGUAACAGUUCAGCGAGCUGCAGGAUUAUUGACCAAAGGUAAAAACAAAACAAAUGACUGCUUUGUGACAAUUGCAUUAGGAAAAACAAAAUACCAAACAUCCAUAAAGGAAAAAGCUGACCCUGAUGUCGAGUGGCACGAGGAAUGCGAAUUGCCAAUUCCCGAUCAAGGAAACACUGCUGAGAUUAUCUUAACAGCAUUGCAUCACAAUAGUUUUGGAGUUGACGAAUUUCUUGGCAGAGUAGCUAUACCUUUAAACACUUUGGACAUCUAUGAAAGGCCCAAAAAUAAAUGGUACGGCCUUGAGGCCAAACCAGGUAAAGUCGGUAAAGCGAAGGAGCGGGGCCACUUGGAAGUCAAAAUUGGAUUUACAGUCAAAUCUGGAAGUCUCACCGACUUGAGUAAAAAAGAGAAACACAAGUCUUCGAUUGGCCAGUUGUCCCAUGUGGCCCAAUCUGUGGGUGGUAGCUUGCUCAGUUUAGGGAGCGCUGAGAAACGUAAAGGAAUCAAAAAGUUCGCCAAGUCAAUCGGGUCGAAAAUGCACCUCAGAGGAAAGAAAAAAGACGGAGAUUUGGACGACAGUUCUUCUAUUGGUAGUGUCGGUAGUUUAAAACGUAAUUUUGACAAAUUCAAAAGUCGACAAACUAAGGAAGACGCCGAUCCGGGGGUUGUGAGUGACGAGGAUGAUUUUACAUUUGACGAUUUAUCACACAAAAGUUCAGUCAGUUCGUUAAACCAACCGACUAAUCACAAUAAUUCUGUUUCUUCCACUGAGAAUAUUUCCGGAGACAUCUUGAAUAAAACACCGCCGGUUAAACCCCCAAGAAACGAAAACAAGCCACAGGACGAAUGGGAGUCGAAGUUGUUCGGUAAACAGACAAAUAAAAAUUUACUUAAACCGGCGAGUAGUGAAUCUCUGAAUCGCCGGUCGUGGGAUUCCUCUAAGUUAGAGUCACAAAUUGAGGAGGAACCCCCCGAAAUGACUGUUACUAAAGACGAUAUUAGCGUAAAUCCGACUAAAACACCCGAGGUUGUGAAAAAGGAAGAGCGAGACGGGAUGUUGGCAAAGCUAAAGAAUUUCAGAAAAGAUAAAAAUGAAAUAGACUCGAAACGUAAUAAACCAAUCAGUAAUUCAAGUGAACGUAUUAUUAUAGGAGGAGAGAAGGAAGUCAAUUAUUCAUCCAAUAAUCACAUUUCCAACGAACUUUUGCAGAAGUUUGAAGGCAAAUCGCGUGAAGACCUGAUUCACCUAGUAUGUAACCUACAGAGCGAUUUGGAGUCACAAAAGAAGAAACUAAAAGACUUGGAAGACUAUUUAGAUGAUUUACUUUUAAGAGUGAUGGAGACAACUCCACGAAUUUUACAAAAUCCAUACGUUACUUGUAAGUUAUCACAUAAAAAUGGUUAAAUAUUGAGGUUCCAGUGCCUGAUUGAAACACGGUGCUAAUCCCAAAAAUCUGUUUUGUAUAAACACUGUGAUUGUUUUGGCCAUUUGGACAAAAAUUGAUGUUUUUAUUUAAUCCGUCCAUCGAUUGUUCUUACCUUGAUUAUAUAAAGCCAAAUUAACUUCUCAGUAUCUUUGCUUGUCUUCCUUUGACGUAAUAAUUUAUUUCUGACUAACUUAUUAAUUUUAUUAGAAUAUUACUGAACUGUUGUGGUGUUAUGUAAUCUAUAUUUUAUAUACGAAAGGGAAGAAUAAAUACAGUUGAUGCAAAAA